AUCAAUAGCAUGUGAUGGCCAGCGAAUUGCAUCUCUCAGAGAGUAUCCCUUUUGGGCAAAACUCACGGUUCGCUAAAGGAGUCAGUUUCCAAACACUGACCGAUAUAUCGGAUGAAUGCUGUCUCCAGAAUAGAGUCAAUAUUAUCCAACGAAACCCAAUGGUCAUCAACACCGGCACCUCAACUGUAAUCAGCAAAUCCUCGUCCAGUGAUAGUGAUACCAAUGAUAGCCACACUCGACUUCUGGAGGACUCUCUUCAGGACUUCCGGAGUGUGCAAUACUUACUGCUGACACCGACAGCAACCCAUACGACCACAUGUCUUAGUGAAGAUCCGUCCAAUACUUCAGAUGCUUUGUGGACACAAAUGCAAAAUUCAUUGUCAAAAGAAAUCAGAACCAGAUAUUUGACAAAAAGACGUUUCGGAUCAGGCAUUAGACGUGACUAUACUUUGGUUGGAUUGCAGUGCUAUUCCUCUGCCUUCAAGACUGUGUUUAGUGUCACGUUAUGUGUGCUCUUGUGCUGUAUUAUCCUUUUAAUGACAGUAUUAUAUGUUUGGCAUAACAACCACUUUAGUGCUCACAAUACUGUCCCACACAUACCCGACCAGAACUGGUGGCGCGGAUCCACUUUCUACGAGAUAUUUGUUCCUUCUUUUAAAGACUCCGAUGGCGACGGUUUCGGUGAUCUCAAUGGUUUACGAGAUAAGAUCUCUUAUCUGCAAGAAUUGGGAAUCAAUGCCAUAAGACUUAACUCUAUAUUUUCUGCAUUGGAUUAUCCGCACAGAUAUGACAAUAUUCUGGACUUUUUCAGUGUUGACCCACACUUAGGGAAAAUGAGCCAUUUUAUUGAAUUGGUUAAAGUGUUACACGAAUUAAAAAUGUAUAUAAUUCUGGAUAUAAACCUUGUGACCACAUCAGACCAACAUCCAUGGGCUGCACACUGGCUGCUCAAUAGGUCGACAGAGUAUCAAUAUUUUUAUGUUAACGUCAGCGAAGAUCAGAUUAAUGACGAGGACUGGACGUCUAGCAGUGCGACAGAUAGACUCCAAACAGAUUUUCUACACAAAAAUACACACUUUGGAGGACGCCUUCAUCUCAAUUGGUCUCAUCCCGGAGUCCGACACCAAAUGUAUGAAGUUUUCGACUUUUGGCUCCAAUAUAUCGAUGGCUUUUACUUAAAACAUUUGGAGCAGAUGUACGUGGAGUCUGAAACCACGGUCUAUGAUAUAUUGCGUGAACUCAGAAACAGAGCCAACAAAGCAGUGAUGAGUGACCCGGGAGACGAGGACUGGACGUCUAGCAGUGCGACAGAUAGACUCCAAACAGAUUUUCUACACAAAAAUACACACUUUGGAGGACGCCUUCAUCUCAAUUGGUCUCAUCCCGGAGUCCGACACCAAAUGUAUGAAGUUUUCGACUUUUGGCUUCAAUAUAUCGAUGGCUUUUACUUAAAACAUUUGGAGCAGAUGUACGUGGAGUCUGAAACCACGGUCUAUGAUAUAUUAAGUGAACUCAGAAACAGAGCCAACAAAGCAGUGAUGAGUGACCCGGGAGUAGGUGUCGGCGCUCACAAAAUACUCAUCUGUUCGACAAGUUUUGUGCAAAAGAGGCAUAAAUUGGUGUUGAAUUAUAUGAGAGAUCCAUUAGCGCCUAAUGACCUCCGAUUGAGCACAACCGCCACCAAUGGCUCCAAACUUAUUGACAUAAACUCUUACUUCGAUUUAAUUGAUUUUCAACUCAACAUCGAUAUCAAUAAGACUGAAACAAUCAGAGAUCAAGUGAACGCCAUAUUUCUUAAUUCCCCGAACACGCCAUGGAUUCACUGGAGUGUUGGCGAUGUCGAGAGGUCGCGUUUGGCGACACGGAUUGGCAGUCAGUACACGAUGACGGUGUCAUUCCUGUUAAUAAUGUUACCAGGAACAAUCAGCUGGUUCUACGGCGAUGAGAUUGCACUCCACGACACUUACGAUCCGCUCUCACAAAAGGAAUACAGGGGCGGCCAACUCUGUCCCAUGCAAUGGAUGUCUAAUUUAAAUGCAAAUUUCAGUCAAUCCAAUACAACAAAGCCGUGGCUUCCCAUUCAUCCCAAUUACAUAGAAAUCAAUGUUUUGAAGCAAAACGAGUCAAUCAAGCGGUUCAACGAAUUGAUGGCUUUCAGAGCCGAUCACUUCGAAGUGGAAGACAUGGGAAAACACGGCAACUAUUUGUUUCAUUACAUCGACGACAAUCAGAUCGUAUUCGAGCGCUACUUCGACAGAGGAGAUCCGCCAGACAUCAGAUUCAGAUACGUCUUAUUCGCUAACUUCGGCCCAAAACCAAAAGUCAGGGACUUUUCAGAUAAGUUUCAUUUGUCUCGCAUUAAGAUAUCGAGUUAUAAGAAGAGGGAAAAGGAGUUCCUUUACAUGAGAUCUCUGAGACUCGACGCCGGAGAGGCACUCAUCGUCGAAGUCGACUGAUUCAGCCGUUCAGACAUCUAAUUGAGACAAAUGGUCACUACUUAUGACAAAAAUAUGAUUAUUCAAUACAAAUGAAACACUACUGAAACUGAAUGCCGUCCAUAACUAUACUGUAUUACUCCAUACGACUAUGAGUUUAGUGUACAAUACAUUCAAUCCGCAGAAAAUGUAUAAUUAUUUUCUGGACUCCAA